AAGCUGUCAGCGAGAGCGCGAGAGCCCUAUCAGUCGCACGUACAACCGUUGAACAGUGUAGACACGGACGUCUUCACGCCGCUUCCAGAAACUGUUAUAUUGGCAAUCAGAGCUGUGUAACGAAAGAUUAAAGGACGAGAAUUUUAAGGAGACAGGUGUGACAAGAUCACCAAGUGGGGAAUAUUACAGCCAUGUUUCAACAGGGCACAAGCCUGUGCCUUCUCGGGGUAGCGUUUGUCUUAGGACUACUGGCCAUUUCAGAGGCUCACGUCGCCUUAACUUUCCCACCAGCACGGAGAUACGAUCUGGACUUCCUGGACAAUUUGAGGACGAUUGGACCUUGUGGGAUGCCAAAAGGUUCUAUGGCCACAGACCUAAAGGCAAACUCACUACUUAACAUCACGUGGCAUUUGGCGUACCCUCAUCAGGGUGGUUAUAGGCUGGAAAUACUCGGUGAAGAUGAGAACUUGACAGCAGUUAUUAGACUGGCACCUCGGACCGGAGAGUUUGACGACGCUGAUACCACGUAAUACUUUGUAGUUUAUAUGACCAUUUCUUAUACUAGUAAUAUUUAUAUUACUAUCACUCCGUUGUAUCCCUUUUCUGGUAGAGCAUUCAAUAUCAGGUAGGCUUUCACGGAUGUCGUGGACAGGUAGGAUUAUAUGUGACUGCAGACUCCGUGAUUCAGAUUGUCGUGAGAUCGUGGCAUAGAUAAAAUGGUUCUUACACUUUACAAAAAAACCACGGGACCACUUGCGAGAAUUCCACUUAACCUGACGACCACAUAACUGCUAUGGCAGCAGUUGCUGACCUCUGACCGAGCCCCGACCGAACCCCGACCGAGCCCUGGCCGAGUUCUGACCGAGCCCUGACCGAACUCUAACCGAGCACUUGCCGAGCCAUGUAUUUAGAUGUUUCAAUCGUGGCCACUCUGAAAACCCACUUAAGCCUUAUGGCAGAGUAUUUCGCUGAAGUCUGGAGGAAACCGGGUAGAGCCAGAGAACACCACGAUGUAGAUGCCGAACAUAGCCGCAUCCGAACCCUCGCUCUAUGUGACCAAAGAUGUCUGUCAAGUGAUCUCACUGGUCAUCGGCUGGUGACGGCAAUCAAGCAAAGCACGUUAGACGGCUGAAGAUCACCCGUUCAAGAUGGCAAACCGGAAGUCAGCCCUCCAGUAGGCAUAGUAACCAUGAGUCCCGUUUAAGUUUAAUACAGACAUGUACUUUGACAAGUGGAACCAACUUCAGAAACCUUCGUUAGGUAGUCUGAGGCAGUUACUAUUGUCUCAAAUUUGUUUCAAAAAGCAACAAUAUUACUUCUGAACUCAGAUUAUGGGUAGAAUUCACGAAUUGAGAAUUUAAAGGUGUAUAUUAUUAGUAUAAUGUAUUAUUGGUUCAAACAUUAAUACAAGUUCAAAUUUUGAUACGUUUAAUCUUUCCUCAUAAACAAACAAACAAAUAAAUACAUGAGGUGUUUCAAUCAAGACUUCAAGCUGACAUCGACCAACAGUUUUUGACGUAUUUAUACAUGUUCUAAACCCAUUCCCCUGAAUAAACGCUGGAUGGCUGCAACUGUAGCAUCAUUGACUACAUUUUAAAAGACAUUUUCAUUUUUGUUUUAACAGAAGCCAAUUUGAGGAAGUUCAGCUUCCCGACAUCGAGUGUAUGAACUGCUCUAUCCGUCUGCUGAGACAAGCUUCAGAAUGGGGUAGGAACUACAGUUUUUGGUCAUGCGCAGAUGUCAACAUCAAGAAAACGGAUUUCACUCAGGACUGUUCUGGCCAUGGCCGGUUUGAAGGUGGAAAAUGCAUUUGCAACAGAACGUACGACGGGGAUCGGUGUCAAUUCAAAGACAUCUGUUUGACCGACAGCGACUGCAGCAAUGGAGGAGAAUGUAUUGACAUUGAUGCCACAUCCUACCCCAAGAAAGUCUGCUAUUGUCCCAUCGGUUGGUUCGGUCAGACGUGCGAAUUAAAGUCAGCAAUCACGGAGAAAGAUGGAGACUUAAGUUCCUAUAUACGGACACCAUGGAACAGAAAGGUGACCAUGUAUCAUAAGAUAAUGGGGGAUGAGAUCGAUUUCGUCAUCAAGGCAAACACCGUUACAUGGGUCGGGAUUGGCUUCCGAGCAGGAGGCACGACAAGAGCCUGUCAAAACUUUCCCGCAUCAGCGGGUAUGAAACCAGUGCCAGAAGGAGAGCCCGAAGGGGAACCAGAGGGGGAGCCCGAGGGGGAGCCCGAGGGGGAGCCCCAUGCAGAACCUUUAUCGGAGCCUGAAAGCGAACCGGAGGGUGAACCUGAAGGAGAACCUGAAGGUGAACCUGAGGGUGAGCCUGAAGCUGAACCUGUGGGUGGGGUCCAUGCCAUGGACUGUACCGACCUGGUGAUUGGCUCGGCCCGAGGCGAUCUGGGCAGGGUGGCGGAUUACUACACCAGGGAUAGAUCCACUCCCAGAUACGACAGCUUCUUUGGGGGCACGGAAUCCUUGGUGGGGGCAGCAGCCUACGAGGCAGGCGGAAUCACUACCCUUCUGUUCAGAAAGAGGCUAAGAGCCAAUGAGAGCACGGACGUCAGUUUCACCGACAGUAACAUGCACGUGAUCUGGGCUAUAGGUCAACUUCCUGGUGGCUACGUCCACAUCCCGGAAUCCGGCAUUGAGAACGGAAACCAUAGCGACCCGAAUUUCUACCGUAAAGACGAGCUCAAAUACCACGGGGAUAGACCGCAGCGCGGAUUUGGCUAUCUCAACUUCUUCAGAGGUCCUGAAGACACGGUGACGUCCAUAUGGCAGAGUCAGGUGCGUGACAUAAACGGAGCACAGGUAGACUUCUCCCUCGACUGGACCGUCUACAUGAAGACAGAGGAGGUGGAUUUCGAGCUGAGUAUGACGAUUGUAAACGCCCCACAGCGCUGGUUUGCCGUCGGCUUUUCUGAUGAUAAAAGUAUGUCCAACUCUGAUAUGGUAAUGGUGAUGCCAAAGACCUCAGGAGGCUUUGAUGUAACCGACAGGUGGGCCAGUGGUCACUUCACGCCUAGCGAGGACUCUCAGCAAGACUUAAGAGGAGCGUCAGUGACAUACCACGACAACAGGCUAGUAAUCAAGUUUAACCGACAGAAAAACACCGGGGACUCCCGCAAUGACUUCACCUUCACGGAUGACGACUGCCCUUACUUGUUUGUUGGCAUCGGACAAUAUAGCAAUGGAAAUCCGAUCCGGCACGCCGGAGAUCCAACUCGAAGUGUCAACCGCAUCUGUAUAACACCUGACCCAGCUUUGCACGAGACGCUCAUCAUCAUCAUCGCCCUUGUUGUCAUUGCGGUGGCUGUAGCCGCCAUUGUGGCUUUCAUGAAAUUCCGAACGGGCGGGGGAUGUGGUAACUCCGGCAAGGCGCCUGUUGGACACCAGGACCACGUAGAGAAGGGAGGCGCGAAUGGCUUCAACAACAAAGGAUACGUCGAUGGGAACCCUACAGAGCCCCAGGAGAAAUACAACAGGACUGGAUCCAUGCACUAUUGAGCCAUAGUAUACAAGGAUCCGUACUACUGAGCUACACUACACACAAGGAUCACCCGCUACACUUGGAAGGAUCCGUACACUACUGAGCUACACUACACGCAAGGAUCACCCGCUACACUUGAUCACCCGCUACGCUUGGAAGGAUCCGUACACUACUGUGCUUUACUAAGCAAUGAUCACCCCCUGGAUAAAUCUUAAACCUCUUGUCUACACUUAGAUGAAGUUUCACUAUCAUCUAGAAUUGGAUGAAUUUUAAACCUCAUCCUACCAAUGUUCACUUAAACCUAACCCUACCCCAUGUACACUUACACGUCAUCCUAACUAUCUACACUUAAACCUCAUCCUACCUAUCUACUCUUAAAUCCCAUUCUACCUAUCUACACUUAAACCUCAUCCUACCUAUCUACUCUUAAAUCCCAUUCUACCUAUCUACACUUAAACCUCAUCCUACCUAUCUACUCUUAAAUCCCAUUCUACCUAUCUACACUUAAACCUCAUCCUACCUAUUUACGCUUGAACCUCAUUCUGCCUAUUUACGCUUCAUCCUCUAUAUACACUUCAGCCCUUUCCUCCAUGAAUUCGUAUAAACAGGUAAUACUUCGGUCCACGCGGUACUUCAGUCCAUACAUGCACUUCAUAAAGUCAUACCUGCGAUCAUGACUCGCAACAAUGAAUUAUCCUACCUGAUAGAAGCUUGUUGAUAAAGCUUGGGUAAACAUAAUCGAUAUUACGUCCACAUGGAGCAACAUUACGGACAGAGAAGCUGAUCAGAGCUGGUUUAGUUCUCUUCAUGUGUAAGUUUAAAUCGCCCGAGUUUUCGUCUGAUUAGUUAGAAAUCCAGUUGUUUGUAUUUAUACAUAUGUGCUUAUAUUGGGUGUAUUAUUGCUGUAGUAGUUGUACCGUCCCUAGUUCCUCUGGUAGACAUGACUUUACGGUUGUUUCUAUUUCACACAUAUCAUAAGUUUUCACCCCAGAAUGAGAAAACAUAUAUAUAUAUUAUGUCUCACAUGCUACUAAAUAUUUUUUGACAAUAAUAUAUACUGACCCCAUACAAAUACUCCUUACAUUGCCCCCAGCGAACGAUUACUGUGUUUAAUGACCCUUUAUAGCUGCUUUCAGAGUUUGUUUUUAUCUGCUAAAGAUCGGCAGCAAAUGGCCUCGCUAGUUUCUGGCAGCAGUAGUAUUCUGGCAAGUUUUUCAGUGUAUAUUUAUUGAUGUGUUUCUAUUUUGGCGAGUUGCACCUACAUAGUAAAGCUGUCCACAUUGUAGUUCCAACACCGGCAAACGAUUUAGGAUUAUUCUAAGAACUUCUUCGAAAUCACAAGCAUAGCCCAACGUUAAUCUAUACCACUAAGCAUUUGGUCAGAUCACGAAUCGGUUAUAGGUGCUGAUGAAAGAAAGAAUGGUUUUAUUCAUUUAUAUUUAAAAUAUUGAGAACCAUUUAAAAGUAUGGGUCUCACCAAUGGCGUGAAAAGUUCCUUGUUUGAUACAGAACUGUGAUGACCGCCUGGAUGUCUUCACUUCCACGAAAUACGGGGAACUAAUGUUAAUCUUUUGUAUAAAGUAUGUCCAGUAUUGGUAGCUGGUUUACCAAACCUGUAUAUUAUUUUCAUGGUGUAGUUUUUAUACGUCUGUAUAUCAUCAAAUAAAACUUCAUAUAACAAAAUA